GAAAUUCUCGAUCGCAGUUUGCGAUUAGAAUUUGAUUAGAAUACAAAGUAAUUUAAUAUUUUCGUUUAUUCAGUGUUAUUGCAACGAUUCUGAAAUAAUAUAUUUAUUGUUGCCAACUUUUCAUAAAGUAAUAAAACAUAGUUACAUUCAGAAAAAUAUAGGUUAGUUUACACCACACCACGACAUAACCCACGUGAGAUUUUGAAAACAACGUAAACAUGGUUCGCGAAAAGGAUGAAGCGAAAGAUAAUACGAAAUUCAAAGAGGGUGUUAAUAAAAACGCCAGGUUAGUUGUAAGAAAUGUUCCUUUUAAAGCAACAGAAAGCGAUUUAAAAACAUAUUUUUCACAAUAUGGGACUGUCGAAGAGAUAAAAUUGCUGAAGAAACCUGACGGAAGGUUGGUGGGAUGUGGAUUUGUUCACUUCACGCAUGUACCGAUGGCGAACAAGGCUCUAGCAGCUACCAACAAGAAACCAUUUUUAGGUCGCCCUUUGCAAGUGGGAUGGGCAGUUCCUCAACACAAAUACAGUGAGGGAACUCAAAAUGAUGGAAUUAAUGAGAGAAAACGAGUCACCAGCAUAUCAUCGGAUGAUUCUAAGCCAGUUACAGUUAAAGAAGGAGAAACAGAAAACUCACAUUCAGGAAAAAAAGACAAAAACAAACCAAAAGUGAAUCGUAAAGCUCGCUUGAUCAUCCGAAACAUGUCUUUUAAAGCAACAGAAGAAACAUUGAAAGAGCAUUUUCAACCUUAUGGUGAAGUAUUAGAAGUGAAUUUGCUGAAGAAACCUGAUGGGAAAUUAGUGGGUGGGGCAUUUGUACAGUUUAAAAAUGUUCCUAUGGCAAAAAAUGCAUUGAUGAACACAAAUAUGAAGCCGUUCAUAGGUCGACCAAUAUCAGUGGAUUGGGCCGUGCCUAAAGACAAAUACAUGCAGCACACUAUAAAUCAGCAGCUGGAGUUACAAGAGAACAUUAAAAAAGAAGAAUCGGACAGUGAUGAUGAUGAUGGACCUGCAUUUAACACUUCCAAUGAAGAGCUUAAAGCAGAGGUUAAAAGUGAAUCAGAAGACUCCGACAGCGAAGCGGAUGUAAAGUCAGAAAAAGAUAGUGAUUCGGACAGUGAUGACGAAAAAGAUUCAGAUGAUGAUGAUGACAAUGAUGAUGAAGAAGAUGAACAGGAUGUGGAUGAAGAAGAAUCAGAUAGGCAGAGCGAAACUAGUACCCAGCCUGAGAGGCAGCGAAUAAAAUUAAACGACGCCGAGGAUGGUUGCACAGUUUUCAUAACGAACAUACCGUUUAUAGUAGACAAUGACCAGCUCAAGCUGUUUGCUGAGAAGACCGGACCUGUGAAAUAUGCUCUAGUCUGUAUGGAUAAGAUGACCGAACAUUCAAAAGGAUCUGGAUUUGUUAAGUUUGUUAGCAAAGAAGACGCCGAUAAGUUUUUGCAAUUGCCAGCUGAUCAGCUGAGACUCGAAGGUCAGAUUAUGCUUGUGAAGCCGGCAUUGAAGAGAGAAAAUCUCCAGCAAGACAAAAAGAAAGAGGCAAAAGAUAAUAGGAACUUGUAUCUAGUCAAAGAAGGAGUAAUCGUCGCCGGCACUAAAGCAGCGGUGGGGGUAUCCGCAUCGGACAUGUCCAAACGUCUAGCUCUGGAACGCAGCAAGACACAAAUGCUCAAGAACCUGAACAGAUUUGUGUCGAGGUAUCGCAUAGUGGUGUCCAAUUUGCCUGCGCAUUACGACGACGCGAAGUUAAGGAAACUAUGUGUGGAUACUGUCGGUCGCAAAGCAGUGAUUACCGAAGCGCGGGUCAUGAGAGAUCUACGGGCUCCCACGGGGAAAGAUGGUAGGCAUACGUCGAAAGGUUACGGCUUUGUAAUGUUCAUGAGACAUGAGGACGCGCUGGCAUGUCUCAGAAAACUGAACAAUAAUCCGGAUAUAUUUGACAAAAAUAAUAGGCCUAUAGUGUCCUUCUCAAUUGAAGACCGAACAGCACUAAAUGCCAGAAAGAAGCGCUUAGAAAAGUCUAUAGCAAACAACCCUCUAGCUAAUAAGACAGAAAACAGCGAAACAAACAACAAGAAAAAUAGAAAACGGAAAAUGAACAUGCCUCCAGACGAGAGUUAUGUUAAGAAAGGAAGAUUUGAAAAUAAUAAAGCAAACGCUGGGAAAUUUGUGAGACCAAAUGUUGAUGAGGAGGCAGGAGAAUACACAGGAUUGACGGCAAAACAAGGGUCACAGCACAAAAUGAGAAGUAACCACAAACUACGAACUCAAGCGGCUGUCCAUAGACAAAACGUUAAGCUAGAGAAAAAGAAGAGUCAGAGAAGUAUGAGAUUCAAAAUGGCCGCUAAAGAAAGGAUAAAAUUGCCGAAACAAAAGAUUAAUAAAACAAAAACGAAAUCAAAUAAUAAGAGGAGAUUUAAGGAUAAAAGUGUAUUUUAAAUUGGAAUUAAAUAAUACAUAAUUA